CUUUUGGGAUGUUUUGAGUGGUUGGUACCUCACACAAAUUAGGAGGGCAUGCGUCCCGGGUCUCUCACACAGCCGCGGCUGGUUGUCUCCUCGAAACACACCAAUCCAAUUCCAAUCCAUGAAUCAAUCGGCGGAGCACGGCACCAGCUAGGCAGCAAAACACAAUCCAUCUCAUGUCAUUUCUGCUGCUCCACUGAUCGAUCUCUCGCUUUCCUCCUGCUCCUUCUCUCUUGUUCGGUUGUUCCAAACAAACAAACAAACUCCGGGACGCCACCAUCCCGCUAAGCUCGGUCACAGUCUUUCUCUCCGAAUUUCCAGCUUCCGCCUCCGUUUUUAAGUGGAAACCGAGAAGCAACAACCUAUAGUAGGGGGGGUACGGCACUGGAGCGGAUUCAUCGUCAUCAUCAUCGGGCUUCAGGUUGCUGAAUACCUAACUUGCUAAUUCUGCAAAUGAACCACAAUGCAGUGGGGUUAGCCGUGUUUUCGAUGAUUAUGAAGAUGCUGACUUCUUCAUGCGAUAAUUGGGGAACGAACAGUCACUUGAUGUAGCAUAAACUACAUAAUGUCGCAAGAGAAGAUGACCGUGUACUCGUCGAAAAGCUCAAAAGGGACACUGUUUCCUCUGCGAUCAAUGCUUGUCUUCUUCAUUGCAUUAUUUGGUUUUUAUGUCUGCUACUUCUCCUUUACUCAAGUAGAUUUUGAAAAUGAAGAAGAAAUGACCGACGCCGAAGAACAGACAAAAGUUGUCUGCAGAAGACCUUCAGUAAUUCCAUAUGAGCAGAUGCAGUAUGUACACUUUCCAAGACCUAUGACCUACGACAGGGGCGAAUGCGCAUGUACUCCAGUUCGUUUCUUUGUCAUUGUGUCUAUGCAACGGUCAGGUAGCGGGUGGUUUGAGACGUUGCUGAACAGCCACCCCAAUGUCAGCUCAAAUGGCGAGAUCUUCUCGGUAAGGGAGAGAAGAGAGGAUAUCGCGUCCAUCUUGAGGACGCUUGAUAAGCUGUAUGAUCUGGAUUGGCGCACCAGUGCAGCGAAAAAUGAAUGCACGGCUGCAUUUGGAUUGAAGUGGAUGCUAAAUCAGGGACUUACGGAUUAUCAUCAGGACAUUGCUAAUUAUCUAAACGAAAAGGGCGUCAUGGUGAUAUUUCUCUUCAGGAAAAAUACAUUAAGGAGGCUUGUCUCAGUAUUAGCUAAUGACUACGACAGAAAUGUGAAGCAGCUGAAUGGCACCCACAAAGCGCAUGUUCACUCACAUGAGGAGGCUGAGAUACUAGCAAGAUUCAGACCGGAGCUUGACGUCUCAUCUCUGGUUCUAAGCAUCAGAGACGCCGAGCAGUCCAUGGAAUCUUGCCUCGUCCGCUUCCGCAGCACGCGCCACAUGAUCCUCUACUACGAGGACAUCGUCCGCGACGACAAUGCGUUGUCUCGGGUGCAAGAAUUCCUGGGAGUCCCGGUGAGGAGGCUGUCCAGCAGGCACGUGAAGAUCCACACAAGGCCACUCCCGGACUUGGUGGAGAACUGGGAGGAUGUGAGCGAGACACUCAAGGGGACGGAGUUUGCUCAUUUUCUAGACGGCGAAGACUAUGUCAAGUGACCUGUUUUUGUUUUUCUCUCUGUUGUUGUUGGCAUUGGACAAAGAGGGUUUGAAAGUUGUUUCUUUAAUAUUUUUUUCCUCUUGAAAAAACAGGAGCUUAAUAAAGGAGGAAGAGAAAAUAAGAGUUCCGGUUGAUAUGUACUCCCUCCUAUCCAUAAUAAGAGUUCCCGUAA